GAAUUUGUUCUUGAUAUAGAGUCAUUACGUUUAUUCGGUGGAAAAUUAAAUAACAAUGAUGAAGCACACUCAGAUAAUGAAGUUGAAAUUGAUGAAGCACACUCAGAUGAUAAUAAAGUUGAAAUUGAUAAAGCACAUUCAGAUAAUGAAGUUGAUCAUAAUCACUCAGAAAAUAAAAAUGAUGCUCACUCAGAUAAUGAAGUUGAAGUUGAUCAUAAUCACUCAGAUAAUAAAAUUGAUCACAAGUUGUCAGUGGUAGAAAAUACCUCAGCUAAUGGAAUUGAUUAUAAACUACCAGAAAUGGAGAGUCUCUCUGAUUUUAAUGGCAUUAUCGAUGCUUUUCCUAAGACAAUAUCAACCUUGUUUCCUCUUUGGCAGUCAUCUACAGAAAAAAAAGAGGAUGUGAAAAUGGAAUUAGAAGAAAUAAAUGAUAUGCUUAUCUUUCAACCUUUUAAUGAACGAUUAAAAGAACGAUUUGAGGGUUAUAUUCAGCCCAGAUAUGAACAAAUUGGUCGACAACUUUAUGAUGCAUUGGUUGAGAAAUGUCGUUUAUGGAAGCAUUUACAUGACGUACCUGGAAAAAGGCCUGACAUCACCACUGUGAGAGUAUUUGAAAAAAUUGUUAUUGAGUAUCGAGUAAGCAUGAUCGAUAUACUGCUUUCGGAAACGGAAAAAUUUUACAAGAAGUUAGAAAAAGUUUUUGAUGUUGAUGAGAUGAGAGACGAAAAUACAUCUGACUCUGACUCUGACACAUUCCUAACAGACGAAGAAGAUGAUAUUGAACCUAUUAUACCUGAACAAGUGGAUUAUGAAACGUUUCUUGAAGGUUUAAGCAGAAUUGAUAAAGAGUUUAAUAGAAAUAAAGAGUUUAUAAGUAAUUCUGUUCAGAUAAUUGCUCGA